GUUUGGAUAGCGACGGGUUGACUGUGCAUUUGGUCCGCCACUUGGUGCCUCCUGCACAUCCCAAGGCAGGCCAGCAAGCAGCUCCUGUACAACAGCAGCAGCAGCCGACCUUGAGGCUAGGUGCAGGGGGCCAGAGUGGGUCGGCCCCCUUCUCUAUGCCUGGAAUGGGACAGGGUGGGAUGACACCUGAGGCGUUAGCAGAGAUGAUGAACAACCCGUUGGUGGAGAGCAUGAUGUCUAAUCCCCAAAUCAUGAGAAGUCUUAUUGAGAUGAAUCCCCAGAUGCAGCAGCUCAUGCAACAGAACCCCGAGUUGAGGACUCUGAUGGAGGACCCGGAGUUUUUACGACAAACCAUGCAAGCUGCUCGUAACCCGAGUAUGAUGCAGGAGAUGAUGCGUAACAACGAUCGGCAGAUGGCCAAUCUGGACAGCAUACCGGGUGGGUAUGCAGCCUUGUCGAGGAUGUAUCGGGAUGUGCAGGAGCCGAUGUGGAAUGCCGCUUCGGGAGGUACUUGUGGAGUAUGUUGA